GGUAGGUGUCCCCACCGAUGAUGAUUUGCAUUGGCGAAGACAGUCUGUACCUAACCUAACCUAUUCAACUUUAAUAACUCUCUUCAUUUUCAACUUAUUACUUUGACCUCAGCUUAGGUAACCUUGGUCAACUUGAUAGAGAAUUUAGGUUACAUUACAAUCAACCCAUCGCCUUCUCAAUCGAUUUUGUGGAAUGCGACCCCUUAUCUAAGCCUACCUAACCCAAAGGUAUCCUAUUUGUCUCCCUCUCUCUCUCUCCCGUUGGUCCUAUCAACUUGUACCAACCUUUUCCUCCUACCGCCACUCUCUUUCGGGACACAAUGGAUUACCGUUCUACAAUAACCGAUGAUGAACAAGCCGCAGGUGCUUCUCCUUGGGGAUCAUCACCUCCGGCCUCACCGCGCCAUAACGAGUCUACCUUCAGUUCUCUAGGCAACGAACCCUCGCCGUCCUUACCAUAUCAAUACACAGCCGGCGACUCGAGUAAUGGAUUUGCGCACGAAGACCCAGGAGUUAACGCUUUCGGGCGUCCCGGAACGGCUAGCAGUACGGCUUCUACGCCAGCGUACGAUCCUCCAGAGCAACCAGCACCCUCGGAAGGACAACAAGAACAACCUGCUGCCGGAGCCGGAGCCGAAGCAGAACAACAUCAACCGGUCACACCACCGAAAUCGCAGCCACAAGCAAGGUCGAGAGGCCCUCAAUACAAGUUACAAGCGAAGAUUACGGGGCUGGAACGCACAGGUCGCAAAGAUCCCAUCCUGAGAUUCGACGUACAUACAAAUAUACCUAAAUUCCGAACCACCCAAUUCCGCGACGUCCGCCGCUUACAUUCCGAGUUCGUCAAGCUCGUCGAACAUCUCAUCUCCGCCAACCCUGAUGCCUUUGUCCCCGCGGUGCCACCUUCGGUUACAUCCGCAGGCGCCGGUACCGAUGAAGACGAGACAAGAGUAAAAGCACUUAUGCAGAGAUGGUUUAACUACGUAUGCAGUAACGAAGUCCUUAUGAGGGAUGACGAAAUGGUCUUAUUCGUGGAGAGUGAUUUUGGGUAUAGUCCCAUGGUUAAGAAGAAGCAGCCAGCAACUGGUGUGCGGAGGAAGGUAUUGAAGCAGUUUGCACCACCUCCUGACGAUACACCGGAGCUGGCGGAUGCACGACCGAUAGUGAAGUUAUUCUAUCUGGGCUCAAUGGACGCCGGACAUAAGGUUGAUAAACUCGUCAAGUCUCGUAGAGGUUUGGGAUUAGCAGAAUCCGAUUUUGGUGUCAAAAUCGGCGCAAUGCAUAUUCAGGAGCCGCAUCAAGGCCUGGCAAAUGCAUAUCGAAAGCUAGGAAAGAUUAUACAAACUGUGGGCGACUGCCAUGCGGCCCAGGCGACUGCCGAAGCGACGACUCUUAGCGAUCCCUUUCAGUAUCACUCUCAGGAUGCAUUCAUCGUCAAGGAAACCUUGACAAACAGGCAACUUCUAAUCCGCGAAUUCUUACAAGCUCAGGAGACUACGCGAACCAAGCUCAGCGCGGCAGACAGACUGAGAGCCAACUCUACCGUGCGACGCGAGAAGGUAGAUGAAGCUAUUGCUGCUCUAGAUGAAGCAAGAAAUGUUGAGGUAGAGCUUGCGCAGAAGACGUCAAGGGUAACGCAAACGCUAGUACAGGAGCGUCGCAAGUGGUUCGCAAGAACUGCAGCAGACCUGCGCCUUAGCAUCAGGGAAUUUGUCACCCGCGAGAUCGAGGCGGAGCGGCGCACCCUCGCGCUCCUGGAGAGCGUUCGGCCCGAUAUCAGAGCCAUCGAUGCCUCAGGCGGCCUAAGCAGACUGGGGCGCGAGGCCCACCCCACAGUCCGCCGAGCCAGUCUCGCAGCAAGUCAAGGACCCAAGGGCGACGCUUGGAGCGGCGUGCCCCGGCGCACGGACAAUAGGAGCAUGUCGGGUAGCUUCAUAUCGAACGUGGCCGAUGACGACGACGGCGAGAAUGGGCAGCGUCCCGGGUCGAGGGCCCUCAGUGGUAGUACUACCAAUCCAAGCCUGGCUGGUCUUGCAGAGGAGGAUGACGAAGACCGGGUGGACGCCAGAAACGCUGCAAGUCGAUUGGCGACGAGCACAUUUUAAGAGGUUAAAGCAAACGAAAUCGAAAAUUUCGGGGAGGCGGGCAGGUAAUAAGAGUGGAACUUGACCCCCUUUCUCUUCGCAACGAAGGGGAAAAAAAGAACUUUUUUUGUCGUCGUAUACCUACCUAUGUACCUAUUGUAUCUAUCCAAUUAUGUGGGAUGGUCUUCUCCCGCAACCCUUGGUUGUAGACCUGCUUUUUUUCGAAGCGUUAAAUGAAAUCAAGCAUUGCAUAGGCAGCUUACAUGCAAUGCUCCCCUUUGACUAGUUGGAAGUGAAAAAUUCCAGAUCAGAUAUGUACCUAAUAUACCUGGUGAGAAGCAGCAAAUCGAAUGACGACGCUUUGGUGUCACCCUCGAAGUGGGAUCACUCAC